AUGUCCAAGCCACGGUACGUCGAAUUAGACGAGGACGAACACGAAUUAUUUAAGCAUGCAUUCGAUACGCCCUCCUACCAUGACGACUGUGAUGACGCCGAAGAUCUCAAAAUCGGGAAGCUGGAUCUCGUAAAUGAUGGCAUGUGGGCUUUGAAGGCGAAAGUAAAAGAGUUGAAAGCUUUCAACAAAGCAUUAAUGGCUAAUCUCGUUACUACAAAACUCAAAGUUAAGGAACUGUUUAGCAAUAUGUUGGAGAAGAAGCAGAAAUUGGAGUUCAUGAAGAAGGAUAAGCCUAUAAAGUAUCAGAUUUUGCCGGUGAUAUUGGUGGAAACACAACCGCUCAGUUACAAUGACCAAAACAUAGCAGCUGCUCAAGUUAUACCAAAGCACGAUAGUAACUCAGAACAGGGAGAACAAAUAAUAUCAGUAAGGAUAACUUCAUCUGUAGCUGUAGAGAGAGGCGUUAAAACAAAACCAAACAAUGGUGCUAUAGACAUUGUUGCAAUAACAACCCACGAACCGUUCACUACAUUAGCCGACGUCACUGGUGCGUUUACUACAGCCACGAACUAUGAUUUAGGCACAAAUACUUUUCAAACAACAGAAAAUGUUAGAGAGUCUAUAACAGAGCUACCGCCUCAUCUUGCCGGCGCUAAUAUUGAAUAUAUUAAACAGCUUCAAGCUAAAAAGGAAUCUAGAACAUUAUUUAGCGAUGCCGAUAAAUACGCAACAUCGCAAAGUGAAAAUCACUUAAACGACACAAUACAAUCGGAGUCAAACACCCGAUUUCAAAAAGAUUUAACAGUUAAACAUGGAGAUAAAAAUGAACACUUCAUUGGCGAUAUUCCAAUCGCUAGGUCAAUCCCUUUAUCAUAUUCAUCUAAAAGUUACAUACAGAGAGAUCCCUCUUAUAAUAAUCAAAAACUCACUACAGUUAGUUUUAAUGUUGUACACGAUUCAUCUAAAUUAAGUUAUAAUCAACAAAGUGCAUAUACCGCACCGAAUCAGUCGCAGCAAAAAUAUUACAAUGCACCGCCUAAAAUCUACAGUGAACCAGCUCAAAUUUACAGCGAACCCGCUAAGUUUUACAGUGAACCAGCGAGAGUAUAUAGCGAACCCUCAAAAAUCUAUAGCGAACCGGCAAAGGUAUAUAGCGAGCCGGCAAAAAUUUAUAGUGAACCGGCAAAGUUUUACAGCGAACCAGCUUCAUUGCACCUCACGUCAGACCACGACUUAACAAGUCGCAAUCCCUGGAUUCAGCGAACUGAUACAACCGCCCACACAUACAGCACGACACCCUCAAACGGUGUAACUAACCCUUAUACAAACGACCGACCGGUGGAACAUCAACCGGAGAAAAAUUACGAAAUAGAUGAAAAGGUAAGCGUCAUGACAGACGGACGUAGCCACGGCGAGCAACCGAACAACCCUGAGAAUUGUAAGCAAGAAAAUUGUAAAGUAGGUUACGUCGUCGAAGGGAGACAAUUUAGGAAAUAUAGAGUCGAAGAGAGGACUUCAGAUGGCUUUAUAGUUGGAGAAUACGGAGUGGUGAGAAACGAGGACGGGGCGCUGCGCGGUGUCCGGUACACAGCAGAUAGUGAAGCCAGCCCUCGCCUCAUCCACGAUGCGCUUAUGAAGUUCCUACAGCUCAAAUAG